AAAGUUUUUGUUGGCAACACUGGUCCCACUGUGAGUGCCGUUUAAGCUUUGCGUUUCCGUAGUAUAUUUGUCUCUGAAAUUCACUCGUCGAUUGAUUUACUUUUGUUAACUACUUAAAUUCUAUUUUAAAGCCAGAAUCAAAACAUAAGCGAUAUGUUUCCUCGCUUUACUUACUUAAUACAAGUUCUAAGAAAUGUGGAAAGAAAUUUAAUAAACAGCAUAUUCCAUAAUCCACCAAAAGAACUAGCAUUAGCUUAUGUUCAUCAAAGGGAUACUGACAUACCAUCAAAGAAAUUUAGUAUCAAAGAUAUUGUUGGAGAUGGGUUCCUUCUGGCUGUUCCGAAAUUCAGAAGAACUAUUGAAAAAAGAUUGAAACGAAAGUAUGGUUCACCUGAGUAUGUGUGGAAAAUGCUAAUACCAAAGACCAACGUAAAAGUGUGCCAUGAAUGUGGACAUUAUCAUGAACAAGGAAGACUUUGUGAAAAAUGUUACAAGAGAGUGCAAGAGGAAACAAGAAAAAUAAAAAACAAAAUUCAAGAAAAAAUAGGCAAUAGCCGUAUUGAACAAGAUGUUAUCGUUCUUUAUGAAGGCGAAAGUAUCCCAGAUCAACCUAAUGAGUUCUGGAAGGGUAAAAGGAUUGUCGAGAUGAAGAAAGAAAGACCACAAUGGUUCAGCAAAAAUCUUCUACAGAAAUCUACACAAGAGCCAUCUAAAUCUACAGAUGUAAAACCUACAGACUUAGCGUAAAAAAAAGAAAAGUAAAAUAUAGUACAUUUGUUGUAAUAUGGUUAGAUAUAUAAAAUAAAAAUCAAAUAGGCACUAAUUUGCUGUUAUAAAUGGAUACUACCCAAAA